CGUCACUUCACCUCGCCUCACCAACUCGCGGUCACCAUCUCCACGCUCUGCCCUCAUCAACCGUCUUUCCUUCUACACUCUCUAGCCUUCUUGUACGUUCAUCCGGCCUCUGCCUCUGCCUGCUCCGGCCUCUGCCCGCUCCAACCUCUAUCAAUGUCCGACUUCUACCCUCCUCUGCCCUCCGGCGCCUUGUCCUCGAUGUCCAACCCAAAACGCUUAUCCACACAGUCCCCUCAUACAUUUCAAACUGCCAUAUUCCGACACCGAGGCCGCGACUACAUCACCGUGAGCGACGACGAGGUCCCACGUGACGUCGGCAGAGGCCUCUGCAUACGGUGCUGGGAGCUAGGCCACGACGACUUCUACGGCUGCUACGACAGGUGCGCUUGGUGCAAAGACCAGAUCAAGCAUGAGAAUGCGGCCUGCCCAUUGUGUAUCAAAGGGAGCAUUUGGUGGAGGAACCGGAUUGGACGCGAGCCGCGCGGCUUCGACGAUACGUACGGUGGCAGAUAUCGCGCUUUGAACGACGAGGCGUACAAGCGGAAACUGGACAUGGCGGCCGUCUUACUGGAGGAUACCCGUACCCCAAAGUCUAAGAAGCGUCGCACCACUUCCCGUGCUUCCGGGGCCUCGGCGUCAGAGGAGAGGACGCUCUUCUCGUACAAUGACUGGAAUGAUGAGGAAGAAGCGGAAGAAGCGGAAGAAGCGGAAGAAGCGGAAGAAGCGGAAGAAGCGGAAGAAGCGGAAGAAGCGGACGAAGCGUCACUGAACGCCCCCGGCAAUAGCAUAGAGAACCUGGACCGUCAUGUGCCCUAUCAGCGGUCGAAAUCACCACCUUUUGCUCCUUUCAACACUAUCAUAGCCCCGGGGCGUGGUAUAGUCCCGAAGCGUAGUACCGACAGCUACAGGCCUCCUAGGCGUCCCUACCACCACGAGGCUCCCGCGCGUACUCACGACGAGGCUAGGGCACGACACAAGCGCGAGUUGGAAGAUCUGGAAGAACGGGCGGAAGUGCUGAAGGCUAAGCUGAAGGAGGGCAUACGAGCAGCAGACGCACCGUUCGCUAGGGAGGAACGCAGCAUGUCACUCAAGCAGGAAGAAGACGCAGAAGGCCCCACGAUGGCGGAGCUCCUAAUGGAGAAUCGAGAACUUAAGGAACAAGCGGCGAAGCAGCAGCGCCUGAUUGCUGUCCUAAGGGCCGAGAGAGAGGCCAGGGAGGACAUGCUUGCGGGGGCUUAGGGUGAUUGGGAGUGUUGUUGUUGGCGGUACAUUGAGAAGAUUGAGCUUUAAUACCCACGGAAUGCUACUCUAUCGAUCGUACAGUUCC